AUGCAAAGACUAGAGUGGACAAAUCAGACCAUCAUCACAGAAUUUAUUCUACUUGGAUUUGGAGAAGUCCAGGACCUGCAGAUUCUUCUCUUUGUGGUGUUUUUAAUGAUCUACCUCAUGACUAUGGCUGGGAACCUGAUUAUUGUUGUGCUAGUUGUGACAGAUCAGCACCUCCACACUCCCAUGUACUUUUUCCUGGGCAAUUUGUCUUGCUUGGAGACCUGCUACAGCUCAACUAUCCUCCCCAGAAUUUUGGCCAGUUUGAUAACUGACAACCAAAGUGUUUCUGUCUGUGGCUGCGUUGUUCAGUUUUGGGCUUUUGGGUUUUUAGCUGCAACAGAAUGCUAUCUCCUGGCAGCAAUGUCUUAUGAUCGCUAUGUGGCAAUAUGUCGACCUCUGCAUUACUCAGUCCUGAUGAAUUUCAAGGUUUGUCUCCAGCUGGUGGCUGCAUCUUGGCUUGGGGGUUUCAUGAUAAACACAACCUUGAUCAUUUUUAUAGCACAGUUAACCUUCUGUGACCACAAUGUCAUUGAGCAUUUCUUCUGUGAUUUUGUUCCAAUGAUGAAACUGGCCUGCAGUAAUGCACGCCAAGUAGAACUUUUAUCAAUUGUCCUAUCCUCACUCUGCACCCUGCCACCGUUUGUUUUAACGAUAGCAUCGUAUGUGUACAUCAUCACUUCCAUUCUAGGAAUCCCAUCCACCACAGGAAGGCAAAAGGCCUUCUCUACCUGCUCUUCUCACCUCAUUGUGGUAACAAUUUUCUAUGGCACCCUCAUCAUUGUGUAUCUUUUACCAGACAUGACCAAACUGAGAGAACUGAACAAAGCCUUUUCUGUCUUUUACACCAUCUUAACACCUCUAGUCAACCCCCUUAUAUACAGCUUGAGGAACAAAGAGGUGAAGAUGGCCUUGGGAAGAGCUGUCAGAAAGUGGGCAAAUUGCUGA